CCACCGACCCUCCCGCGGUCCCUCUCCUCCAGCCCCGCGCGUUCUCCGAGGCGGUGCCUCGCUUAUGUCUGGGCGCUGAGCCGCUGUCCGAGUGUCCGGCGACAUGAGCUGCAACGGCGGCUCCCACCCGCGGAUCAACACGCUGGGCCGCAUGACCCGCGCCGAGUCCGGCCCCGACCUGCGCUACGAGAUGACCUGCGGCGGCGGGGGCGGCGGGGGCGGCGGGGGCGGCGGUGCCAGUAGGAUGUACUACUCCCGGCGCUGCGCGGUCAACGACCAGAAUUCGGACGGCUACUGUCAAACCGGCACCAUGUCCAGGCAUCAGAACCAGAACACCAUCCAGGAGCUCCUGCAGAACUGCGCGGACUGUCUGAUGCGUGCCGAGCUCAUCGUUCAACCUGAAUUGAAAUAUGGAGAUGGAAUACAACUGGGCCGGAGUAGAGAGCUGGAUGAGUACUUUGCGCAGGCCAACGAUCAGAUGGAAAUCACGGAUAGCCUGAUCCGGGAGAUGCGGCAGAUGGGCCAGCCCUGCGACGCUUAUCAGAAAAGACUGCUUCAGCUCCAGGAGCAAAUGCGAGCCCUUUAUAAGGCCAUCAGCGUCCCUCGAGUCCGAAGGGCCAGUUCCAAGGGAGGUGGAGGAUACACUUGCCAGAGUGGCUCCGGGUGGGAUGAGUUUACCAAGCGCCUUACAGGCGAAUGUCUGGGCUGGAUGAGGCAGCAAAGGGCAGAGAUGGACUUGGUGGCCUGGGGCGUGGACUUGGCCUCUGUGGAACAGCACAUCAACAGCCACAGGAGCAUCCACAAUGCCAUCGGAGACUACCGGUGGCAGCUGGACAAAAUCAAAGCCGACCUGCGUGAAAAAUCUGCAAUAUACCAGUUGGAAGAAGAAUAUGAAAACCUGCUGAAAGCAUCCUUUGAGAGGAUGGAUCACCUGCGCCAGCUGCAGAGCAUCAUUCAGGCCACAUCCCGAGAGAUUAUGUGGAUCAAUGACUGUGAGGAGGAGGAGCUGUUGUAUGACUGGAGCGACAAGAACACAGACAUUGCCCAGAAGCAGGAGGCCUUCUCUAUACGCAUGAGUCAGCUGGAAGUCAAGGAGAAAGAGCUCAAUAAACUUAAGCAAGAAAGUGACCAACUUGUCCUCAAUCAGCAUCCAGCUUCCGACAAAAUUGAGGCGUACAUGGACACUCUCCAGACACAGUGGAGUUGGAUUCUGCAGAUUACCAAGUGCAUUGAUGUCCAUCUCAAAGAAAAUGCUGCCUACUUUCAGUUUUUUGAAGAGGCCCAGUCAACGGAAGCCUACCUGAAGGGUUUGCAGGACUCCAUCAGGAAGAAGUACCCGUGUGACAAAAACAUGCCCCUGCAGCACCUGCUGGAGCAGAUCAAGGAGCUGGAGAGAGAACGGGAGAAAAUUCUUGAAUAUAAGCGACAGGUGCAGAACUUGGUAAACAAGUCCAAGAAGAUUGUGCAGCUGAAACCACGGAACCCGGACUACAGGAGCAAUAAGCCCAUUAUCCUCAGGGCUCUCUGUGACUACAAACAAGACCAGAAAAUCGUGCACAAGGGGGAUGAAUGCAUCCUGAAAGACAACAAAGAACGAAGCAAGUGGUAUGUUACAGGCCCGGGAGGCGUCGACAUGCUGGUACCUUCUGUGGGGCUGAUCAUCCCCCCACCGAACCCACUGGCGGUGGACCUUUCUUGCAAGAUUGAGCAAUACUAUGAAGCCAUCUUGGCUCUGUGGAACCAGCUCUACAUCAACAUGAAGAGCCUGGUGUCCUGGCAUUACUGCAUGAUCGACAUUGAGAAGAUCAGAGCCAUGACCAUUGCCAAGCUGAAAACCAUGAGGCAGGAAGAUUACAUGAAGACCAUCUCCGACCUUGAACUGCAUUACCAAGAGUUCAUCAGAAACAGCCAAGGCUCAGAGAUGUUUGGAGACGAUGACAAGCGGAGGAUGCAGUCUCAGUUCACUGAUGCCCAGAAGCAUUACCAGACCCUGGUCAUUCAGCUCCCUGGCCAUCCUCAGCACCAGACAGUCACCCAAACUGAAAUCACUCAUGUGGGCUCCUGCCAGGAUGUCAACCACAAUAAAGUCAUUGAAACCAACAGAGAAAAUGACAAACAGGAGACAUGGCUGCUGAUGGAGCUCCAGAAGAUCCGCAGGCAGAUGGAGCACUGCGAGGGCAGGAUGACGCUCAAAAACCUCCUGCUCACAGACCAGGCCUCUUCACACCACAUCACGGUGAAAAUCAAUGAGCUCAAGAGUGUCCAGAAUGACUCACAGGCGAUUGCGGAGGUUCUUAAUCAGCUUAAAGACAUGCUUGCUAACUUCCGAGGUUCUGAAAAAUACUGCUAUUUACAGAAUGAGGUUUUUGGACUAUUUCAAAAGUUGGAAAAUAUCAAUGGAGUUACAGAUGGCUACUUAAGUAGCCUGUGCUCCGUGAGAGCUCUUCUCCAGGCUAUUCUCCAAACAGAAGACAUGCUAAAGGUCUACGAAGCAAGGCUGACCGAGGAGGAAACUGUCUGUCUAGACCUGGAUAAGGUGGAAGCUUACCGCUGCGGACUGAAGAAAAUAAAAAAUGACUUGAACUUGAAGAAGUCACUGUUGGCCACCAUGAAGACAGAGCUGCAGAAAGCCCAGCAGAUCCACUCCCAGUCCUCACAGCAGUAUCCACUUUAUGACCUGGAUCUGGGCAAGUUCAACGAGAAAGUCAUACAGCUGACAGAUCGAUGGCAAAAAAUAGAUAAACAGAUAGACUUCAGAUUGUGGGACUUGGAGAAACAAAUUAAACAACUGAGGAAUUAUCGUGACAACUAUCAGAGCUUCUGCAAGUGGCUGUACGAUGCUAAACGCCGCCAGGACUCCCUAGAGUCCAUGAAGUUUGGAGAUUCCAACACUGUCAUGAGGUUUUUGAAUGAGCAGAAGAACCUGCACAGUGAAAUAUCUGGCAAACGAGACAAAUCAGAAGAAGUACACAAAAUUGCUGAACUCUGUGCAAACUCAAUUAAGGAUUAUGAACUCCAGCUGGCAUCAUACACCUCAGGGCUGGAAACUCUACUGAAUAUCCCUAUCAAGAGGACCAUGGUUCAGUCCCCAUCUGGAGUGAUUCUGCAAGAGGCUGCAGAUAUUCAUGCACGGUACAUAGAACUACUUACAAGAUCUGGAGAUUAUUACCGAUUCUUAAGUGAGAUGCUGAAGAGUUUGGAAGAUCUCAAGCUGAAAAACACCAAGAUCGAAGUUUUGGAAGAGGAGCUCAGACUGGCCCGAGAUGCCAACUCUGAAAACUGCAAUAAGAAUAAAUUCCUGGAUCAGAACCUGCAGAAAUACCAGGCAGAGUGUUCCCAGUUCAAAGCGAAGCUUGUGAGCCUGGAGGAGCUGAAGAGACAAGCUGAGCUGGAUGGAAAGUCAGCCAAGCAAAAUCUAGACAAGUGCUACAGCCAAAUCAAAGAACUCAAUGAGAAAAUCACGCGGCUGACCUAUGAGAUCGAAGAUGAAAAGCGAAGGAGAAAGACCGUGGAAGACAGAUUUGACCAACAAAAGAACGACUAUGAUCAGUUGCAGAAAGCGAGGCAGUGUGAAAAGGAGAACCUUGGCUGGCAGAAGCUGGAGUCAGAGAAAGCCAUCAAGGAGAAGGAGUUCGAGAUAGAGAGGUUGAGGGUUCUGCUCCAGGAGGAGGGCGCGCGGAAGAGAGAAUAUGAGAAUGAGCUGGCAAAGGUAAGAAACCACUAUAAUGAGGAGAUGAGUAAUUUAAGGAACAAAUAUGAAACAGAAAUUAAUAUUACGAAGACCACCAUCAAGGAGAUAUCCAUGCAGAAAGAGGAUGAUUCCAAAAAUCUCAGGAACCAGCUGGACAGACUCUCUAGGGAGAACCGAGACCUGAAGGAUGAGAUUGUCAGGCUCAACGACAGCAUCUUGCAGGCCACUGAGCAGCGAAGGCGGGCUGAGGAAAAUGCCCUUCAGCAGAAAGCCUGUGGCUCCGAGAUCAUGCAAAAGAAACAACACUUGGAGAUUGAACUGAAGCAGGUCAUCCAGCAGCGCUCGGAGGACAACGCCAGGCACAAGCAGUCCCUGGAGGAGGCUGCCAAGACAAUUCAGGACAAAAAUAAGGAGAUUGAAAGACUCAAAGCUGAAUUUCAGGAUGAGGCCAAGCGCCGCUGGGAAUAUGAGAAUGAACUGAGUAAGGUAAGGCACAGUUACGAUGAGGAGAUCAUUAGCUUAAAAAACCAGUUUGAGACUGAGAUCAACAUCACCAAGACCACCAUCCAUCAGCUCACCAUGCAGAAGGAAGAGGAUACAAGUGGCUACCGAGCUCAGAUAGACAAUCUGACCAGAGAAAACAGGAGCUUGUCCGAGGAGAUAAAGAGGCUGAAGAACACACUAGCCCAGACCACUGAGAAUCUCAGGAGAGUCGAAGAAAAUGUCCAGCAGCAAAAGGCCACUGGCUCAGAGGUGUCCCAGAGGAAGCAGCAGUUGGAGAUCGAGCUGCGACAGGUCACUCAGAUGCGGACGGAAGAGAGCAUGCGCUACAAGCAAUCCCUCGAUGAUGCUGCCAAGACCAUCCAAGAUAAAAACAAGGAGAUCGAGAGGCUAAAACAACUGGUAGAAAAAGAAAGCAACGAGCGGAAGUGUCUGGAGGAUGAAAAUUCAAAGUUGCAGAGAGUCCAGUAUGAUCUGCAGAAAGCCAACAACAGUGCAACCGAGACCAUAAGCAAACUGAAGGUUCAGGAGCAGGAACUAACGCGCCUGAGAAUCGACUAUGAAAGGGUCUCCCAGGAGAGGACAGUGAAGGAUCAGGACAUCGUGAGGUUCCAGAGCUCCCUGAAAGAUCUGCAGCUUCAGAAGCAGAAGGUGGAAGAGGAGCUAAGUCGGCUGAAGAGGACAGCCUCCGAUGACUCUUCCAAGAGGAAGAAGUUGGAGGAGGAGCUGGAGGGCAUGCGGAGGUCUCUGAAAGAACAAGCCAUCAAAAUCACCAGCCUGACCCAGCAGCUGGAGCAGGCAUCCAUUGUGAAGAAAAGGAGCGAGGAUGACCUCAGGCAGCAGAGGGAUGUGCUGGAUGGCCACCUGAGGGAGAAGCAGAGGACUCAGGAGGAACUGCGGAGGCUCUCCUUGGAGGUGGAGGCCCUCAGAAGGCAGCUGGUGCAGGAACAAGAAAAUGCCAAGCAGGCUCACUUGAGGAAUGAGCAUUUCCAGAAGGCCAUAGAAGAUAAAAGCAGAAGCCUCAAUGAAAGCAAAAUUGAGAUCGAAAGGCUGCAGUCUCUCACAGAGAACCUGACCAAGGAGCACUUGAUGUUGGAGGAAGAACUGCGUAACUUGAGGCUGGAAUAUGAUGACCUGCGAAGGGGCCGAAGUGAGGCGGACAGUGAUAAAAACGCAACCAUCUCCGAGCUAAGGAGCCAGCUGACCAUCAGCAACAACCGAACCCUGGAACUGCAGGGCCUGAUUAAUGAUUUACAGAGAGAGAGGGAAAAUUUGAGACAGGAAAUUGAGAAAUUCCAAAAGCAGGCUUUAGAGGCAUCUAAUAGGAUUCAGGAAUCAAAGAGUCAGUGCACACAAGUGGUUCAGGAGAGAGAGAGCCUGCUGGUGAAGAUCAAAGUCCUGGAGCAGGACAAGGCCAGGCUGCAGAGGCUGGAGGACGAGCUGAACCGUGCGAAAGCAACUCUGGAGGCAGAAAGCCGGGUGAAGCAGCGCUUGGAGUGUGAGAAACAGCAGAUCCAGGAUGACCUGAACCAGUGGAAAACUCAGUACUCCCGCAAGGAGGAGGCCAUCAGGAAGAUAGAGUCAGAAAGAGAGAAGAGUGAGAGAGAGAAGAACAGUCUGAGGAGUGAGAUUGAGAGACUCCAAGCAGAAAUCAAGAGGAUUGAAGAGCGGUGCAGAAGAAAGCUAGAGGAUUCCACCAGGGAGACACAGUCCCAGCUGGAAACUGAACGCAGCCGGCUUCAGAGGGAGAUUGACAAACUUAGGCAGCGCCCGUAUGGGUCCCAUCGGGAGACUCAGACCGAGUAUGAGUGGACUGUUGAUUCCUCUAAGUUAGUGUUUGAUGGGCUGAGGAAGAAGGUGACGGCAAUGCAGCUCUAUGAGUGCCAGCUGAUUGACAAGGCAACCCUGGACAAGCUGUUGAAGGGGAAGAAGUCAGUGGAAGAGGUCGCUUCUGAAAUCCAGCCUUUCUUGCGGGGUGCAGGGGCUAUCGCUGGUGCUUCUGUGUCACCUAAGGAAAAGUACUCCUUGGUAGAGGCUAAGAGGAAGAAAUUCAUCACCCCAGAAUCCACAGUCAUGCUUCUGGAGGCCCAGGCAGCCACAGGUGGUAUCAUUGACCCCCAUCGGAAUGAGAAGCUCACAGUUGACAAUGCUAUAGCUCGGGACCUCAUCGACUUCGAUGACCGCCAGCAGAUCUACACGGCAGAGAAAGCAAUCACUGGGUUUGAUGACCCGUUUUCAGGCAAGACGGUAUCUGUUUCAGAAGCCAUCAAGAAGAAUUUGAUUGACAGAGAAACUGGAAUGCGUCUGCUGGAAGCCCAGCUGGCUUCAGGAGGGGUAGUAGACCCUGUCAACAGUGUCUUUUUGCCAAAAGACAUUGCCUUAGCCCGUGGGCUGAUUGAUAGAGAUUUGUAUCGGUCCUUGAAUGAUCCCCGAGAUAGUCAGAAGAACUUUGUGGAUCCAAUCACCAAAAAGAAGGUCAGCUACAUGCAGCUGAGGGAGCGGUGCAGAAUUGAACCCCACACUGGUCUGCUAUUGCUGUCGGUACAGAAGAGAAGCAUGUCCUUCCAAGGAAUCAGACAACCUGUGACGGUCACUGAGCUGGUUGAUUCUGGUAUAUUGAGACCAUCCACUGUAAAUGAACUGGAAUCGGGUCAGAUUUCUUACGAUGAGGUUGGUGAGAGAAUUAAGGACUUUCUUCAGGGUUCCAGUUGCAUAGCAGGCAUAUAUAAUGAGACCACUAAACAAAAGCUUGGCAUUUAUGAGGCCAUGAAAAUUGGCUUAGUUCGACCAGGUACUGCCCUGGAGCUGCUGGAAGCCCAAGCAGCUACUGGUUUUAUAGUGGAUCCUGUUAGCAACUUGAGGUUACCUGUGGAGGAAGCCUACAAGAGAGGUCUGGUGGGCAUCGAGUUCAAAGAGAAGCUCCUGUCUGCAGAAAGAGCUGUCACUGGUUACAAUGAUCCUGAAACCGGAAACAUCAUCUCUUUGUUCCAAGCGAUGAAUAAGGAACUCAUUGAAAAGGGCCAUGGCAUUCGCUUACUGGAGGCGCAGAUUGCAACUGGUGGGAUCAUUGACCCAAAGGAGAGCCAUCGUUUACCAGUUGACAUGGCCUAUAAGAGAGGCUACUUUAAUGAAGAGCUUAGUGAGAUUCUCUCAGAUCCAAGUGAUGAUACCAAAGGAUUUUUUGAUCCAAACACCGAAGAAAAUCUUACCUAUCUGCAACUAAAAGAAAGAUGCAUCAAAGAUGAAGAAACAGGGCUGUGUCUUCUGCCUCUGAAAGAAAAGAAGAAACAGGUGCAGACUUCACAAAAGAACACCCUCAGGAAGCGAAGAGUGGUCAUAGUUGACCCAGAAACCAACAAAGAGAUGUCUGUUCAGGAGGCCUACAAGAAGGGUCUCAUUGAUUAUGAAACCUUCAAAGAACUGUGUGAACAGGAAUGUGAGUGGGAAGAAAUAACCAUCACUGGGUCAGAUGGGUCCACCAGGGUGGUCCUGGUGGACAGGAAGACAGGCAGUCAGUAUGACAUUCAAGAUGCCAUUGACAAAGGUCUCAUUGACAGGAAGUUCUUUGAUCAGUACCGAUCUGGCAGCCUUAGCCUCACUCAGUUUGCUGACAUGAUCUGUCUGAAAAACGGUGUUGGCAAUGGCACUAGCAUGACUGGUGGUAUCAACGAUGAUGUUUUUAGCAGCUCCCGACAUGAGUCAGUAAGUAAGAUUUCCACCAUAUCCAGUGUCAGAAAUUUAACCAUUAGGAGCAGCUCUUUGUCUGAUCCCCUGGAGGAGUCAAGCCCCAUUGCAGCCAUCUUCGACACAGAAAACCUGGAGAAAAUCUCUAUUACAGAAGGUAUAGAGAGGGGCAUUGUGGAUAGCAUCACUGGUCAGAGGCUUCUGGAAGCUCAGGCUUGCACAGGUGGCAUCAUCCAUCCUACUACUGGUCAGAAGCUGUCACUGCAAGAUGCGGUCUCCCAGGGUCUCAUUGAUCAAGACAUGGCCACCAGGCUGAAGCCUGCCCAGAAAGCCUUCAUGGGCUUUGAAGGUGUGAAAGGAAAGAAAAAGAUGUCGGCAGCAGAGGCAGUGAAAGAAAAAUGGCUCCCGUAUGAGGCAGGCCAGCGCUUCCUGGAGUUCCAGUUCCUCACAGGAGGCCUUGUUGACCCCGAAGUGCAUGGGAGGAUAAGUACGGAAGAAGCCAUCAGGAAAGGCUUCAUCGAUGGCCGUGCAGCUCAGAGGCUACAAGACAUCAGCAGCUAUGCAAAAAUCCUCACCUGCCCCAAAACCAAAUUAAAAAUCUCCUACAAGGAUGCCAUGAAUCGUUCCAUGGUGGAAGAUAUCACCGGGCUGCGCCUUCUGGAAGCUGCCUCUGUGUCCUCCAAGGGCUUGCCUAGUCCUUAUAACAUGUCCGCUCCAGGCUCCCGCUCCGGUUCACGUUCUGGAUCUCGCUCGGGCUCCCGCUCUGGUUCCCGCAGUGGGUCUCGGAGAGGAAGCUUUGAUGCUACAGGGAAUUCUUCCUAUUCCUAUUCUUACUCAUUUAGCAGCAGCUCGAUUGGUCAUUAGUAGGCAGUUAGAAGUGGGAACUAUACCUUAGAGUCAUUUAUAUGAAUUUCUACUUUAUUUUAAAUAACAAGGAAAGAAAACCUGGUGCUUGCAGUAUAACAGUAGAACUUUCUAUAUUAAAAUAAGAUAGCUGUAGUCAAAAUCCAAUAGUGAAGGCUCUCUGGCUUUGUAACUCUCAGCUCAUCUUAACUCAUGUAAUACACUUCGAUAUAUGUACAUGAAGUGAUAAUCACCUGUAAGGAUAGCACAAAUUGAAUUUAGAAUUAUUUCUUUUCCUCUGUGUUUUGGUUUUUGAUCUUCCUGAAUGUGUUUUUUUGGGGGGGGGGGGCUACAAUGCCAAUUUCUAUUUUUCUAUUCUUGGAGACAGAAAUUAAGCUGAUCUCUGGGGUUUUAGCCAUCAUCCUAUUUCUCUUUUAAAUAUUUCCAUUUUCUAUAUUAGGAGAAAAUUACCCUCCUCCCUACCCCAAGCAUUCUGGCCUGUGUUUCCCUUAGUUUAAGAACAUAGAUUGUAUUACCCAUAUACUCUUUAAUGCACUUGUUUGGUUUGGUAUUGAUUUGACUAUGCCCACAAUAGCAGUAUUCUUUGCUUUUCUUUAGUCAAAGUUUUCUGUUUAUUUGGCUUGUCAUUUUCUAUGUACUUUAAAAAGGUGUUUCUAUGAAGUUUGCUGUUCUGGCAAUAAAGUUUUAAACUUUGGAA